AUGGAUGUCGUGCCUUAUCCUCAUGAGGAAGGUUACGACACCUUUCGGGAGUCUGUCUAUGUGCUAUAUUCUCACGACCGCCGCUUUCAGUUAGGCUAUGUGCUUCCUCUUGUCGUCACGGAAUUGGGUCGUUCAGGUCUUGUAUCUGUGGACAUAAACAACCGGAGCAUUCAGAUUUCUUCAGAACUGUCCACUGUGGAGCUCAGAUCCGACAGGCUGAAUCAAAUGGCCAAGGAAUGGAAGAAGGCGGGACUAUUUUCCACUCUCGAAGGCUGGAGAAACGAGUUGUACACGAUAUACUCGCCCGAAAAGGAGCCGUACAUGUACUUGGAGCGAGCACUAUGUCCCCUUUUGGGCGUGGUAAUGUAUGGAGUUCACAUUAACGGCUAUGUACGUACCAAGGAAGGUUUGAAGCUCUGGAUUCCUAGAAGAUCUGCCACCAAACAAACGUUUCCAGGGAUGCUCGACAACACCGUGGCCGGUGGACUUGGUUACCCGCAUGGUCUGAUGGAGACGUGCAUUAAAGAGUGCUAUGAAGAGGCAGGAUUGACCGAAGACGUUGUCAAACAAAAUCUACGCAACGUUGGUGUUAUGUCAUUCUUCUACCAGUCAGAAAAAGGCGAUUAUACUACAGAGGCUGGCUUGCUGCAGCCAGAGGUAGAAUACCUCUACGACUUGGAAAUGAGCGGCAAGACGCUCCCAAGCCCCGUGGAUGGUGAAGCUGAGGAUUUUCAGUUGUUGGAUAUUCCCAAAAUAUGUGAUCUUGUUAAAUCGGGGCAUUUUACGCCAACGUGCUCAGGUGUUAUAAUAGACUUCUUGAUGAGACAUGGGUAUAUCUUGCCGGAAAAUGAGCCCGAUUAUAUUGAGAUCGCUGCUAGACUGCACAGAAAUUUGCCAUUUCCUCUUCGCUAGCUUAUUUAGCGAAAUGCAAUUUGAUAUCGAAGAAUUGUCUCUGCAAAACUUCUGGAACAGACAAGGACACAUUUCCGUAAGUAAGAGGGGCAAGGAAAAUGAACAUACUCACCAAGGCAGCAGUGAGUAGCACAAGUACCGAAAUGUAUGGAAUCCAGUAAAUGCUGCCAGGCUUGGUAGUCUCUUUAGGAUCUCUAAACUCCUCAGUUCUGUUGUCAGUGAAUAAAAACUCAAGCAAGGCAGCCGAGAACAUGGCUGCCAAUAAAUGAGCAGGAAGGUAAUGGUGAAGGAAACGCUGUCUAUUCAUGAGGAAGAAUGGGAAGUAGUGGGUGGCCCAGCCACAAAAGAAGAACCCGAUGCUUUUGUACAAUCGGGCUCUGGACUUGUUGUUCAGAACAUAGAUUUCUCUUCUCCUGGUGACCUGAUCAGCCAACAAGAUUCCCAAAUAGGUCAUUAGGAGACCCACUUCGAGCCACCAUCCAAACAAGUUUCCAAUGAAAUAGAUUUGUUCCCUGGUUUCGGCCUUGGUCCAAAAGGACACGCCAGAUAACGAAAGCGGCCAGGAUUCAGGGAGCGAUGCAAAUGGAUGGGAGGAGCUCAACUUGUUGUUCUGUUCAAACAUGGUCAUUUGCAGCUCGUACCACUUCGUCAUGAAUGGCAAUUUCUUGACUUCCUUAGGAACGUAUUCUGCGCGCUUAUCGGAGAGGCCGAUAAUAGUGUCAAUUGUCCAGUAAUUGUCUGCAUCGCCCACUUUCUUGUUACCGUUGACCUCUUGCUGGUUGAAACCCCAUUCUGGCAGGAGCUGAUCGUCGUGAGUCCACAUGGUCACUAUAGUAGGAACAUGGAAGAAUUUGACAACCGAAGCUUUAGUCUUGAGAACAUCACUUUUUCUCUUGUCGAAUGGAUCCAGUCUGAAUAAUGUGUCAUUGAAUCUGGUGGUUUCUCCUUCUUCAAUGUUGAUGACAGUAAAUUCUUCGUUGGUAGGAUACAACGGAGAAGCAACGUCGUGAGUCAGCAGGUAGCCAUUAGUAGCAACGUGUUUCAGUCUGAUUGUGUCUCCUUGCUUGACAGUUUGGCCUUGAAGUUGGCCAUCUGGAUACGGAAGAGCAGGAAGGAUUUGCCAGUAAUUGUUUUCGUCUUCAAAAUCUUUAACACAGGUCACUUGCUGUCCUUGCGAAGAGAUUCUUCCGUCGUCAUAUCUUAACGGAUAAUGGAAAUUAUGAGAAUGAAGCAAGCAUUCAGUAUCUCUGUGUUUGAUGGUAAUGAUGUCGUGGUAUUGGACCUCCUUUGCCUCUCGAGCAAGUGGAGAAUCUCCAAGAGUCUCCUGGAAAUCAGAAGACAUGAAGGCAUCGCCCGGUCCAGACUUUGUGAGAAUCGCAAAAUGGAUAUAGAACCAGCCAAGGUAGAUCAUGAAAGGGAAAAAAAUUAACCCAAUGGCUCUGUGAACAACAUGCCUAGCAAAUAUUCUAAUUGUGAGGCCUUUCUUGAUGUCCAAAAGUUCCCAAAGGUCCCAAAGGACAGCCACUCCAAUGCAUGCAAAAGUGAAGACACCAACAUAUUUGGUGGAAAUAACACAGGAAAGAGAAAAGCCAGUAAGGAAAAGCCAUUUGUACCAAUUACGAGAAAAUGGCUGGCUUCUUUGCUUCACAAACUUGACAUAGCAGUAAACAGAGGCAGCAACAGAGACAAUCAGUGUUGCGUCCAACAGGAUCAAUCUGGUUUCUGCAACGUGGGCAUUGUCAAAAAGUACGAGGAGCGCCGCGAAAGUACACGUUGGAAUCGAGUAACCGCAUUCCUUCAUGGUGUUGAAUAUCAGAGGAACUGUGAGUGCUCCGAGAGUAGCAGACAAUGCCCUCAAUGGAAUAUAUGGGACAGAAUUCGUGAUGUAGCUGUCUCCAAUAUUGUCAAAUUUGAACUUUCCAUUAAAUCCAACAAGGUACCCCACAAAGGCAAUCAAUAGUUUGGCAAAAGGCGGGUGUAGAUCAAAGAAGUAGGUCCUCUCUAGGUAGUAAGAUGCAAAUUUUCCGAAAUGAACCUCGUCAAACACCACUUCGUCGGGGUACCAGAUGAAAUAAAAUCUUGUGGCUAGGGCCAGGAAAGUGAGCACGACGCUCGUCAGCUGGUAAUACUUGUCCAUGGCCGGAUCAAUUACCGAGUUUGUAUCAGCCAGCUUAGCUGACCGGUCACGUACAGAGCUUUUAGCAGGCAACCUCUGUUUAGGAGCCAUGAUUU